UCGGGCCACCGCGCGGCGACCUCGGGUCCCGCAGCGGCCGCAGCGCAGCCCGGGCGCCGGCCCCGGUGCACUUCCCCGUGCGCGCCCCUCCGCGCGCAGCCCCGAUGCUGGACAUGAGCGAGGCCCGCGCGCAGCCGCCCUGCAGCCCGUCCGGCACCGCCAGCUCCAUGUCGCACGUGGAGGACUCGGACUCGGACGCGCCGCCGUCGCCCGCGGGCUCCGAGGGCCUGGGCCGCGCGGGGAGCACGGCAGGCGGUGGUCGGGGGGACGCGGCCGAGGCGGCGGACGAGCGCUUCCCCGCCUGCAUCCGCGACGCCGUGUCUCAGGUGCUCAAGGGCUACGACUGGAGCCUGGUGCCCAUGCCCGUGCGCGGGGGCGGGGGCGGCGCGCUCAAGGCCAAGCCUCACGUGAAGCGGCCCAUGAACGCCUUCAUGGUGUGGGCGCAGGCGGCGCGCCGCAAGCUGGCGGACCAGUACCCGCACCUGCACAACGCGGAGCUGAGCAAGACGCUGGGCAAGCUGUGGCGCUUGCUGAGCGAGAGCGAGAAGCGCCCCUUCGUGGAGGAGGCGGAGCGGCUCCGUGUGCAGCACAAGAAGGACCACCCAGACUAUAAGUACCAGCCGCGCCGCAGGAAGAGCGUGAAGACCGGCCAGAGCGACUCGGACUCGGGCGCCGAGCUGGGCCACCACCCUGGCGGCGCCAUGUACAAGGCCGAUGCCAGCCUCGGUGACGCGCACCACCACGGCGACCACACAGGGCAGACCCACGGGCCGCCCACCCCGCCCACCACCCCCAAGGCCGACCUGCACCAGGCGGGCGCCGGCGGCGGGGCCAAGCCGGAGCUGAAGCUGGAAGGGCGCCGCCUGGUGGACAGCGGGCGCCAGAACAUCGACUUCAGCAACGUGGACAUCUCCGAGCUCAGCAGCGAGGUCAUCGGCAACAUGGACACCUUCGACGUCCACGAGUUCGACCAGUACCUGCCCCUGAACGGCCACUCGGCCCUGCCCGCGGAGCCCAGCCAGGCCACCGCCGGAUCCUACACGGGCGCCUCCUACUCUCACCCCGGCGCGUCCCCCGCGUGGGCCCACAAGGGCGCCCCGCCGGCCUCGGCCUCCCCCUCCGAGGUGGGCCCCCCGCGGCCGCACAUCAAGACGGAGCAGCUGAGCCCCGGCCACUACGGCGACCAGCCCCACGGCUCGCCCGGCCGCGCCGACUACGGCUCCUACGGCGCCCAGGCCAGCGCGACCACGGCCGCCCCCGCCACGGCCGCCGGCUCCUUCGCCGGCUCGCAGUGUGACUACGCCGACCUGCAGGCCUCCGGCUACUACAGCCCCUACCCCGGCUACCCGUCCGGCCUCUACCAGUACCCCUACUUCCACUCGCCGCGCCGGCCCUACGCCUCGCCCCUGCUCAACGGGCUGUCCCUGCCGCCCACCCACAGCCCCACCAGUAACUGGGAGCAGCCCGUGUACACCACGCUCACCAGGCCCUGAGGCCGCCGCGCCCUGGAGGGGCUCCCGCCAGCGGAGGACAGCCUCUUCUCGGCCAAG